AUGGGUGGGAAGCAGAACGCUGAUGUCGAGCACCGCAAGUCCAAGCUGCAAAUGCCAGCUUUAGUUGAUAUACCAGGGGAGGAAAUGAAUGUUCUUAGUUUCUGGGAAAGCCACGAUACAUUUCAAAUAUCUUUAAGGCAAUCAGCUGGGAAACCGAGGUUCACAUUUUACGAUGGCCCGCCAUUCGCUACAGGCCUCCCGCAUUAUGGUCAUUUGUUAGCUGGGACAAUAAAAGAUAUUGUUACUCGUUACGCUCACCAAAGAGGGCAUCAUGUUGAACGGCGUUUUGGGUGGGAUUGUCACGGACUUCCUGUGGAAUACGAAGUUGAUAAAGAGCUUGGUAUAACAGGUCCUCAUGAUGUGGAAAAAAUGGGAGUAGCUUGUUAUAACGACAAAUGUCGAGCUAUUGUUAUGCGUUACAGUUCUCAGUGGGAGAAAGUAACAAACCGUCUUGGUCGCUGGAUAGAUUUCAAAAAUGACUACAGGACAAUGUAUCCAUGGUUUAUGGAAUCAGUUUGGUGGGUUUUCAAGCAGCUAUAUGACAAGGGAUUGGUUUAUCGUGGCCUCAAAGUUAUGCCAUUUUCUACUGCGUGCUCUACCCCUCUUUCCAAUUUUGAAGCUGGCCAAAACUACAAGGAUGUUCAAGACCCAGCUAUUGUUGUUAGUUUUCCGCUUGAUAGCGACCCUGAAGUUUCAUUGAUAGCUUGGACAACAACUCCUUGGACUCUUGUCAGCAAUCUGGCACUGUGCAUGCAUCCAGACAAAGAAUAUGUCAAGAUUUUAGAUUUACCAAAGAAUCGGAUAUUUGUGAUCAUGAAAGCUCGUCUUACAUCACUGUAUAAACAGGAGAGUGAUUAUAAGAUCCUAGAGACAUUUAGAGGAAAAUCUAUGGAGGGUCUAACUUAUCAGCCUCCAUUUAACUACUUUAUACAUCUGAAGAAAGAAAGUGGUGCAUUUCGUAUUUUAUGUGAUCCUUAUGUAACAGAAGAUGUUGGUACUGGUAUUGUACAUCAAGCUCCAUAUUUUGGUGAAGAUGAUUUUCGUGUUUGCCUUAUAAAUGGUGUUAUAAGUAAAGAUACAACAAUGAUAUGUCCUGUCAAUCCAAAUGGUCGAUUUACUGAUGAAAUUCAAGAUUUCGCUGGAAUGUAUGUAAAGGAUGCUGAUAAGUGUAUAUGUCAAAGCUUAAAACAACGUGGUCGUUUAAUACAUCAAAGUACAAUAACACAUAGUUAUCCAUUUUGCUGGAGGUCAGAUACUCCACUGAUAUAUAAAGCUAUUCCAACGUGGUUUAUUCGUGUAGAACAAUUAGUCGAUAAAUUGUUGGCUAACAACGCCAAGUGCCAAUGGGUACCAGAUUUUGUACGUGAAGGUAGAUUUGCCAACUGGUUACGAGAUGCACGUGAUUGGGCUGUGUCUAGAAAUCGUUUUUGGGGCACACCAAUACCAAUAUGGGCUAGUGAUGAUUUAGAAGAAGUAGUCUGUAUCGGUUCCAUAGCAGAAUUAAAACUAUUAUCCGGUGUGGAAGUGAAAGAUUUACACAAAGAAUUCGUUGAUCCAAUCACUAUUCCAUCAGCAACUGGACGUGGAGUAUUACGUCGUAUUUCUGAAGUUUUCGACUGUUGGUUCGAGUCCGGAUCUAUGCCAUAUGCUCAGAUACACUAUCCAUUUGAGAAUACAAAAGUUUUUAAUGAAGGUUUUCCAGCGGAUUUCAUCGCUGAAGGUAUCGAUCAAACACGUGGUUGGUUUUAUACCCUAUUGGUAUUAUCAACUGCUUUAUUUGAUCAACCACCGUUUCGUAAUCUAAUCGUCAAUGGGAUUGUUUAG